AUUUAGCGUUCCUAGCUCACCUAAGGCCAGAAGUUGUCUCCGCUGUCCACUACCACUCCGCACCCCAUCCUGUGGCCAUAUUUGAGUCCUUCAGCGUUUUAUUUUGCCCCCAAAGUACCAAGGCGCGUUUUUCUAAAAGACUGGUAAGCUUGCCCGAUGGAAAUUCGAACCAAAAAAAUCAUUCGGACCCGUGUCUUUGGCACAGGCACUUGCGGCCAUUCUCUAACACGGGACCCCGCGGUCCUCUAUAUUCGGCAUGCCCAGCCGAAGAGUCCACGUAUGAUGGAUCUCCCUCGAUACAAAAUCAUCGAGCCGAGAAAGCCCAGGGAGGCAAAAGUGCCCUCGGACAUUUUCAUAAGAACAUCAUCGCCAUUGCGAAGCCGGCCACUAAAAUUUCGCUUCCCGUUCCUUGACAGGACUGCAGAAUCAGACCAAGAUUCAGAAACUGAAUCGGACGUGGAGUGGGAGUCAAGCUCUGAUGAAGUUAGCAUAGACUCCGAUAGGGAAAGUGUAUGUAGUCCAAGAGGGCGCCACCGAUCCCGUCAGAUGUUUGUUGCCGGAAAGCCUGAAAACGAAAGGGGGGCACAACGGAGGACUCUGCAAUCCCCUCCUCCAAAGACACGACUAUUUCGGUCCCCAACAAAGGUCUGUUUCGGAUCAGAUAUUGAAGUAGAUGGGGCUGAUGUCUCUCCUCACUACCCUCGAUCACGGCGGCCGUCCGGGGGCCCUCACCAACCGAGAGACACGACGCCGAUCUCUCGACACGAACACCCUAGACGAGAAGCCAGGAUCGUUGAAAUCCAUAACCAUCAUCGUGCUAGUCCCUGUGAAGAGCGGGUCCGCAGUCCGGACCGCCGAAAAGUGCGUUUCGCUAGCGACGUAGAGUACGUCAAGAACACCAACAGAGCCAGAGAUACUAGAGUCAGAGAACAAGAGCGUUACCACGCUAGACCUCCUCGCCACGGUCCCUCCAUCAGGGGUCCUGAAAGUAACUAUCGCGCGACCUGCCGCCGUAGUUCACCAGAAAGGCCAUUAAUGGGACGUUGUCGAAGAACGAGUGCAUCUGGUGAGCGUGCUCGGCCUCGUAUUAUCCACGUUGGUAAUCGUCAAAUGUCAGAAGCAGCGGAGCGUAUACGCAAAGAAGCGUGGAGGCGACAUAGCCGGGAGGAUUUGCUGUGCGACAUGAAGUCGCAAGGUGGCUGGCGCCGUUAUACCCGACGAUCUGACGACCGGAUAAUCUAUAAUAGGGGCAGCCGACAAUAUGGCUGCUAUUGACGAGGGCUAUUUUAAUCAUUAUGCUACGGCGUGCUGAGAUGGAUUGGAAACUGUGUAUGUUGGGUGGUCUGGAAGUG